GGAGGUCGGCUGAUGUGAGUGGUGCUGUGAUUGUGGUGCUGAUUGUUUUUUUGACUGGAUCAGUAAGUUUUUGUUUUGUUUUUUGGGGUGUGAGGAGUCCCUGCGCCAUCAUGAACCCGCCCUGUGGAAGAUGCAGCAAACCAGUUUACCCAACAGAAAAAAUAAACUGCCUUGAUAAGAACUGGCACAAAGGUUGCUUCAGCUGUGAGGUAUGCAAGAUGGCCCUGAGCAUGAACAACUACAAAGGCUUUGAGAAGAAACCUUACUGCAGUAUGCAUUACCCCAAAACCUCCUUCACUAUAGUGACCGACACCCCCGAGAACCUGCGUCUCAAACAACAGACCAUGCUCAAUAGCCAGGCGCUCUAUAAGGAGGACUUUGAAAAGAGCAAGGGGAAAGGUUUCAGCGUGGUGGCCGACACUCCGGAGAUGCAGAGAGUGAAGAAGACCCAGGACCAGAUCAGUCACGCUCUUUACAAGGAGGACUUUGAAAAGAGCAAGGGGAAAGGUUUCAGUGUGGUGGUCGACACUCCGGAGAUGCAGAGAGUGAAGAAGACGCAAGACCAGAUCAGUAACAUUAAGUACCAUGAAGACUUUGAGAAGAGCAAGGUUCGAAGUGACGCACCUCCUCCUGAAAAUAGAAACUAUGAAGAUCAACCACCCAACCCUGAAAGAUUCAAUCAGCCAGCCGGCCAAAUUCGCCCUCCUGUUGCAGCACCGACCAGUGGAGGGAGGCGCUUCCAGGCCCUGUACAGCUACCAAGCGGCAGAAGGAGAUGAAGUCUCUCUGCAGGAGGGCGAUCUGAUCUUGGAUGUGGAGCCGAUAGACGAGGGAUGGGUGUUCGGAUGCAACCAGCGCACGGGGCAGCGGGGAAUGCUACCUGCCAACUACGUCCGACCUGUGUGAAACCCAUCAGCUGUCACCACCUACAAUAAGGCUUCUUCUAUAAUUUAACCUUUUGCAAACUAAACAAAAAAGCUAUUUAAAAAAAAAACCAAACCAUCCCUGCCUGGUUCUGCUUGUCAGAAGUUACUAAAAUAAGUAAAUUGGAAAGUGAUAUAAGUCUAAAGUGGGUGAAAUUUCACUAUAGGGAAGAACAAUAAUACUGAAACAUAUAUGUCAUAGAAACUCGUAAGAGAGAGCAAGACGGAGGAAAUGCAUUCAAAAAGCCAGCAAAGGUAACGAAUAAAGCUACAUUAUAUUUAAUUACACAUAAAUCUACUUAACACACUUAAAUUCGCCUUUCUCAGGUAAUGCUAAUGUUGGCAGCCCUGAGUUCAGUAUCCAGUCACUGUGUAAUGUCUAUCUGAAGAACUUUGCUUGUAAAGCCCAUAAAACUUUGUUAUAUUAUAGUAAGAAAAGAGACAAAUCAUUUAACUCAUUUGAUUAAA